AUGUCUUCGAAUAACUAUAUGAAGGACUCGAGACGUUCCGCUGAAUCUUCGAAUAAUGUCAACGGUAAACCGGAAGUUCGUUCGAAUGUGAAGCUCGUCGAACCAAGAACGACAGACGAAGAAAAAAUGAACAUAAUGAACAAAACCUCCAAAGUCAAUAUGGAUACGAACACUGAGGUUGAUGUCCGUCAUGAAAAUGAAGAUAAACGAAACUCAAUUCAGCCAUUGACUAGCCAAGCUCAUUAUACUAGAAGACAUCUUCCCAUUAACGAGGAUCAAUUGUUAAAGAAAGAUAUUAAUGUUCAAUUUGUCUUUAAUCUAAGGGAUUAUGAUCCUGAGAGCAUGCUAGAUGGAGUAAUAACUGAGCCACCUUGCACUGUGGAUGCAAAUACUCGUGAUAAGAUUGGAAAUGAACAUAAUGCAAAUGAUAUUGAUCGUCAGAAAACGACGACUCCAGAAAAGAAAGCUUCUCAUCAGAAACCCACAACCCACAACAAUUUGGACGAAUGUUCUGAUGAGACGUCAUCGAAAGAAAAAAUCGAAAGCGUCAUUUGCGAUCACCGUUGUUCAAUGAGUUUUGCAAUUCGCGUGUACCUCGCGUUUGCCGAGAUCCUAACAUAAGAUCAGUCGCUUCAAAAUGUAAGAGUUUCGCCACUUAGCUUCAACAAACGUGUCGCAAUUGUAACUGGUGCUGGUUGCGGUCUUGGCAGAACUAUUGCUCUUGAAUUGGCCAAGCGUGGAGCAAAAGUUGUCGUCAACGACUGGAAGGGCGAUCUUCCCGUACCAUCGCCGAGGACUUUAUUGGCUGACAAGGUUGUCGCUGAAAUCAGAUCGAAUGGAGGUGUCGCCUUAGCGAACUAUGAUCAUGUUGAUAACGGCGACAAUAUUGUGAAGACCGCAAUCGAUAACUUUGGCCGAAUCGACAUUGUGAUCUAUGCUAUAUCGUUUCGAAACAUUUCUUUUCUUGAAAUGCAGGUAGUCAAUUGGAACGCUACUUUCAAUGUUCACGUGAAUGGAGCAUUCUCGGUUAUUAGAGCUGCUUGGUCUUACAUGAAAAAUCAGAAUUAUGGACGUAUAAUCGUCUCCCCUUGUGAUGCGGAAGUUCACAAUAAUUUUUACCAUACAAGUCAUACUGCCGCCAAGAGUGCAUUGAUUGGGUUUUCGAAAACCGUUGCACUGGAAGGAGCCAACUACGGAAUUCUUUGCAAUGCUGUCAUUCCGACAUCCGCAUAUCGGUAUAUCUCUUUACCAGGAAUUUUUGUCAAUUACUCAAAACCGGAGUACGUUACACCACUUAUGACAUAUCUUGUUCAUGAGUCAUUCAACGAGUCUGGGAGUUUGUAUGGAGCUGGAGCCGGAUGGUAUGGGAAAAUUGACAAUUAUAAAGGUGCCGGACUUGUUCUUCCAAACGCUUCCGUCGAGAAUAUUUUAAAAAAUUGGAACGAUAUCGUUGAUAUGUCGGCGGCGACGUCAAUUGGAACUACUGAUGAGCAAACUGGACUCCUGAUUGGAACUUCGGAAAAUCACACCGUUCAUGACAGUGUUAAUCUGGAUGGAAGAACCUCGAAAGCGGGUGGAAGAACAUCGGAAUUUGAAUCAUUAUUUCGGCGGGAUUCCGGCAAUAUGCGACUUAGCUUCAAAAACCGUGUUGCAAUUGUAAUUAGUGCUUGUGGCGAUCUUGGCAGAACAAAUGCUCUUGAAUUGGCCAGGCGUGGAGCAAAAGUUGUCGUGAAUGACAUGGCAGGCUAUCCUUAUAGAAAUUCGUCGGGCACUUCAUGGGCUGAUAAUGUUGUUGCGGAGAUCAGAUCGCGUGGAGGUGUCGCUGUAGCGAACUAUAACAGCGACUUUAUAGUGAAGACCGCAGUCGAUUACUUUGACCGAAUUGACAUUGUCAUCUAUGCUGGAACCAUUCGUGUAGUUUCAUUUCUCAAAAUGACAAAACUCGAUUGGGAUCUAAACUUCAAUAAAUACGUGAAUGGAGCAUUCUUGGUUACCAUAGCUGCUUGGCCUUAUAUGAGAAAUCAGAAGUAUGGACGUAUAAUUAUCACGUUCAAUUAUUCGAAAAUUCACCCGAAUUUUGACCAUAUGAGUCAUACAGCCGCCAAGAGUGCAUUGAUUGGGUUAUCGAACACUAUUGCACACGAAGGAGCUAAGCACGGAAUUCUAUGUAAUGCCGUCAUUCCGACGGCCGGAUCUCGAUUGACACAAGACGUGCCGCAAAACAUUGUUCAGGAUUUGAAGCCGGACGUCACGCCACUCAUGACAUAUCUUGUUCAUGAGUCAUUCAACGAGUCUGGGAAUUUGUAUGGAGCUGGAGCCGGAUGGUACGGCAAAAUAGAAAAUUACAAAAGUGCCGGACUUGUUCUUCCAAACGCUUCCGUCGAGGAUAUUGCAAACAACUGGAACGAUGUCGUUGAUAUGUUGGCAGCGAACCCAAUUAUAAUCGUUGAUGAGCAAACCGGACGCAUUGGAACCUUGGAAAAUGUUUGA